AUGCUCGGUGAGGAAACGAUGGAUUCCACUGAAACAUUUACUCUACAAAGUGCUGUAGACUAUAUCAACGUGCAACUCGAUGCAUUCGGAUAUUCUUCAUCUCUAAACUUUCUUGAUAAUAGUCGAGAGAGUACGACGCAGAUCAUACAUUGUAUAUUUGGAUUAUUACAGCAGAGACAGAAAGACAUUGGUUAUCAAGAUGAAAUGAAUGAUUUGAACAGAAGGCUUCAGAGUGAUCUUGAGCUUCUAACAUCAAACUUGAAAAGCACUAAACAACGUGCAGAAACAAGUGAGCGCGAAGUUGAUUGCUUGAAAACCAAAUUAAAAUGGGCAGAUGACAAACUGCGUGACGAAGUGGAGAAGCAUCGAGCUACAAGAGAUGAUUUGUCAAAAACCAAAUCCAAUUUACAAUAUACCAAGACUCUAUGUACGCACGAAGUUCGUAAACGCGAAAUCGAAUAUGAACGCUUUAAAGAACGCAUGCAACGUGUCCUGAAUGAUAGAUACAGAUCAGCCAAGAUUGGACUAAAAAUCCUCAAUCCAGCACCCAAGCCGACUAAAAGUAUAUCAAAUAAUGGUCGAAACGGACAAUCACUCGCCGAGACACCUGCAUUUGAGCAACAAAGUGCAGACAUUGAAAUGUUUAAACAAGUAGUAGCCGACGCUGAAGCACGACAGAAUGAGCUAAUACACGAGAACUCUAGUCUUCGCCAAUUGCUAUGCGAAGUACACGGCCAAAUUUUGUCAUUUUUGGAAGAUCAGGCUGAUGUAUUAGAGACACCUACACCUGUGAACAACACUGACAGAUUCCAGACGCCCAACACACGCACUCUUCGUAAUGCAAAAUUCCAACUCCCUUAUGAAAUGUUUGCACAAAAUAUCGAAACCGAAAUUGCCGAUAUCCUAGAAGUGUUUCGAAAUGAAUGGGAUAACCGCCCUGCCGCAAUGACCACAGAAGUUGAACAACGAGAUCAAGAAUUACAAUGUCAACAAUUAGAAAUACAGCAGAGGGAAGAAGAGCUAAUGAAGAGGGAAUUGGAGUUGGAAGAAACUAAAGGAGAGUUACAAGUAAUAAUGAAAGAAUUGCAGGGCAAGGAUAAGGAGAUACGUUCUCAGCAGGAGGAGAUUGAGAGGUUGAAAAAUGAUAUUGAGGAUGUCACUCAGUGUACGGAGGAAGCACAACGAAUAAUUGAGAGAUUAGAAUCAAAGGCAUUUGAGGAUGGCUUGGAUGAUAUUUCUGUACAUGAGCUCACAGUACCAGAAUACGAUGCAGCAGAUGAAGACAUAGAACGAAGGAGAGAACAAUUGAAUGAGGAGAGAAGAAAAUUCACAGAGUCACUGCUUAAAUUAGGGAAAGAUCGGGAAAUACUGCUGCAAGAAAGAGUCGAGUUUGAAAUCGAAAAGCGGCAAUGGAGAACUAAGCAUCCAAUGGGCAUUAUUCAUACACCUGCACAAACUUAUCAGCGGACGCCUAAUACAUAUUAUGCAAGAGGAACGCGGGAUGAAGUUAGUCCAUUAACACCAUUCCUACGAAAGAUUCAAGAGACUCUUGUAAACCGUCAUAAAAUGAUACCUGAAUGA